AUGGCGGACCUCGCACCCGAAUUGGUGGCUGCUGUGCGUAUUCUUGGAGAAGGCAAGCAGGUGAUGGCAACGACAGAGCUGGUGGCGGCCGUGUCGGCGGCUACGGCUCAGCCAGGGGGGAAGACCUUGUCAAAGUCGCGGGCGGCGUCGUUGUUGGAACGCUUGCUCAGCAAUCACCUUGGAGAGUACAAGGCUCAUGCGCUGGUGUGCCAGGCCGAGAUUCCCGCUACCGGCGAGGCGGGCUGGAAGGCAAACUCAGACUCGCCGCUCCUCGUCCAUCUCGCCUCCAAAAACGGCUCAUCUUCCGCCACCGCCGCGGCUUCCUCGUCCUCGUCCAAGGCUUCCGGGGCCGGAUCUGCAAAGUCUGCGUCAGCAAGCUCACGGUCAAAAAGCAAGGCAACAAGUGGCGGAGCUGGAGCAAGCUCGGCGGCUGGCGUCGCGAGCAAGGCCAAUGCCAAGGCCAAGGCCAAGACCAAGACCAAGACCAAGACCAAGACCAAGACCAAGACCAAGGCCAAGGCCAAGAGCUCGAGCAAGCAGAGCUCUGUCCCACGCGAGCGGCUAGCCAAGUUUCCGAUGUUUGUGCGGUCGACAUACUGCAUACUGCUGGAGAUCUCGCACCACGCCGAGGCAUGCAAGCCGGUGCGGUUCAAGGAUCUGUUUGCGGCGGUGAUGGACCACAAUCCGCCGCUUGUAGUGACCAAGUCGAAGACGCCCGAGUCGUCGAUGUCGCGCGAUAUCAACGCGCACGUCCGGCUCUACGGCUCGGCUGGGCUGUUUGUCAAGCGGACAGUGUCGGGCGACGUAAUGUGGCAGCUGAAUCCGGACCGCGAGGCGCGCAAUGCGCUCGAGGGCAAGCUCCGCAUCUCCAUGCACGACAUUUACUCCAAGCUCAACGUCUCGCCCGAGGCUCAGGCUGAGGCCGAGGCCACCGGCGGCUCGCCGGCGUUUGCGCCGUGGACGGCCGACGUCAUGGAGCCGCUCGCGCCGCGACCAUCGGGCGGCGAGGCGCGCAGCAAGGCUAAGGGUCGCGGGCGCAGCAAGGGCAAGGGCAAACCUGGCCCCAAGGCGCGCAAGGCGCGCUCAAUCUCGGGCUCGGGCUCUGGUUCGUCCUCGCCGGGCCUCGCCAUUCCGCUCUCGGUGCCGGACUUUGACCGGCUGGCGUCGUCCGAAGCGGCUAAGGCCAUCUUUGCCGCGCUGGCGCCGCCGCCGCCGCCGUCGCCAGCGCCGAUGUCGUAUGGUCGCGAGCUCAUUCCGCCGCACGCGACCGCGGCGCAUCACCGGGUCCUCGGCGGGCCUCACCACCCGGGCCCGGCGCCCGGCCACGCCCAAGUCCCGACGGCCGUCGUCCCGACGGCCGGCGAGCACACGCUUGGCGUCGCCGGCGGGCCGCAGGGCCUCACGCAUGACGAGCUCGAGGCCCGCAAGCGGUCGUCGUCGCCGCAGGUUAUGCGUGUCGCCUCGCCGCCGAUGGCGCUCCAAGACGCGGACAUGGAAAUCGUCCGCUUUGCCAUCCCCGAGUCAUCGUCGCCCGACCCGCUGCUGGGCAAGGCCGGCUCUGCCGUGGGCCGCGGCGUGCACCCGGGCCCACACUUUGCCGCCCCGCGCCACCACCUCACCGUCCCUGGUGCCCACGCCGACGACGCCCUCGUCGACUCACUCUCGGGCGACGCGUCGGCUGCACGCAAGCGCCCACGCGUCGACACCGACUCGGCCCCCUUCACCUUUCAAUACGGCGAGCCGCCAGGCGGAACCGACGGUCUCAACUCGCCGCUCGACUACAUCGUCUCUGAAGGCAUGGGCGCCCCACCGCCGUUCUCCGUCCCCGGCCCGUCGCUCGGCGGCCCGCCGUCCUGCCUCGGCGAGCUCGCUUCGCUCGCCAUGCUCCACGUCCACGCCCGCAAGCGCUCCCGGGGCCUUGACUCGACAUCAUGA